AUAUUGUAUAAAAUCAAUUGCAGGAAUAAAUAUCCACGGUGUAGGUACUAUAAUCGUAAAUUAUGAUUAUUGUUAGUUUCUUUUUAUUUGAUUUAAAAAAAUAAAUACCAAUUUCUCCGAAAUGGCCACCGGAAGUUGCGCUUUUCCAAGUACCUUAGACAUGAACGAAUUGCCCAUAGUGCGCUUCAAACUAAACACACCGCCUUUGAGAUGUAUUAUUGAAGCCAUAUUACCUGAGUUAUUAGACAACUUUGAAAAUGCAAGUGUAGAAGUAGUUCAAUGUCCAGAUUUAACCCAACCACCGUUUAACUUGACUUCUGAAGGACUAUGUGGCGACGAAAACGUAUUUGACAUCGGCGACUUCAGCAAUGUAGUGCCUUUGAUUAAGCGAGAAAAAUUGUACAACGUCAAAGAUUUAAAACAGAUUACUGGGUCCGAUCCUUUGUUCAUCAUCGGAGCGUGUGGUGGACCAUAUCCGUUUAUCGGAGCCGACAGUGAGUGCGUGGAAAAUGUUAAAAUGACUGGCGACCGUGUGGAAAACGGAACACAUGUUCACAUGACAAAGUCCGAUGACGUCCCGGAGUGUUUCCAUAAGUCGUUACCCGACGAUGAAAUGAGGUUUUCAAUUUUGGCCAAUUUCUUCACUAGUAACGGUUUUAAAGGAGAGGUUUUGAAAAUUGUGUGUGAAGUAAGAAAAGGACCGCUAAGUUAUAGCACGUGCAUUAAAGAAGCAUUAGUAAAGCAUUUUGGCAAUGAAAUAAUUGCGUUGGGUGGAGUAAUACUCAUCGAAAAUGGAAAAGUGAAGGUUCACGUCGUUAAACCGAGCUUGGCAAAAAUACCAAUAAAAUCAGAAAAAGAGUUAGGCACUUUGUUACAUUACAUUGAAUUAUCUCCACCGGUGGUGGGUGUCGGGUGCAUAGUCUCUCAUGAUCCCGGAUUGAAUUUAAGACUUCAACAUUUCCACCUGUACACUGAUCGCAAUCAAGGAGGACACUACCACAACGAUACGGAACCGGAAACCAUAAAAUAUACUGGUUAUUUUGGUGUUUCCAAGCAGUUUACUAAAAUUGAUUGAAUUCAAACGUUAUUCUGUAAUAUAUUAUAAAUAAAGACCGGAUUUAAUUGCAUUAAAAACACUCAAAAAUUGGAUAAUAAAAUUGUAUAAUUGCACCAAAAAUCCCAUUAAACUUGCAAAAUAAAUUGCACUAUAAAAAUGCAGGUCGUAUUUAUAUAUUCAUUAAUUAAUAUUACAUUAAUUACAUUUAAUAUUAAUUUUACAUUUUUGAAUUAAAAUUGAUGAUUAAAUACAUUUCUAAAUUAUUUUCAUUAAAAUUAAAUCUUCUAUUAGUUAAAAUAUGUUUGUACAACGAGAAACUACGUUCUACGUCAACACUCGUUAUUGGUGCAUAUUUAAAACAAUUUUAUAAAGUAGGCGUUAUAUCUAAAUUAACAUUUGCUUUACCUGACAUGACUUCAUAGUAACACUUUAAAGUUUUAUACCCUUCAUUUUUUUCAAUUACAUACAUACAUUUUUCCUUAAUUUUUUCCCCUUCUGGACCAGGAAUAUUUGUUAAAAUAUCUUCAAUUUUUCUAAAAAUAUCCAUACUUUUCAGUAGUUCACUAUUAGAUUCUUCCAAAUUUUUGAGAUUCGUGCAUAACUCAGAUAAGUGUAAUUUUAUGAAUGCUAGACCACAUUUGACUGCAUUAUCUUGUACAAGCAGUUUCAGCUUUUCGACACUUAAAGCAUCAUCUGUUAAACUUUCAAUCACGUUUUUAAACUUUUCAAAAUUAUUUGCAUAGAAAAGUGCAGCGUUUAACCAUGUUCCCCAUCUUGUAAUAAUAGGUUCGGGUGGUAAAGGUAUACCGGCAUUUCUUUUCUGUAUUUAUUUAUUCUCGAUGGUGCUUUUAGGAAAGCUUUUUUUCCUAAAAUAAACAAAAUAAGUUACAAAUGUAUUUAUAAAAUUAGUUAAGAAAUAUUGAUUUGUACAUUUGAUCACGUGAACUAUACAAAAUUGAAAAAAAUUGCAAAAACAUUAAAAAUUGCAAUAAAUUGCAACAUAAAAUUAAACAGAAAUACAGUAAUUAAUACAAAUCGUGUACAUAUUUGAUCAGAUUUGAUUUAUCAUAACUACAAAAAAAGUUGCAAUAUCAAUUAAAUCCGGUCUUUAAUUAUAAACAUCGAUCCAGUAAGCUAGGUACUUCAUUUUUGUUUUAAACUGCAGCACUUUUUGUUAGUCAUUAUAGUUUUUAAUAAUA